AUGACUUCUUGCCGCCAUUCUACUCUAUUUGAUCUUAUUCUUAGUGACUCAGGUGGCAAUCUCUGCUUGACAGACAGGCUCGAGUGUUUAGGGAAGCGGCUGAAGGAUACUUCAUCGCAGAGCCCCUGUCUCUCAUUGUGGCUGACAUCACACAUAGAGAAGUCUCAUCCGCUCAGGCGCCUACUGCCACCAGGUGAUCAGAGUGGGGCACAGGUUCAUUUAGCCCCGGGCUAUGAAAACCACAAGUCCCCCCUAUUAGUUCUAGAGUUCAAUGAUAAAAAAGUCGGCGUACAGAAGACUGCUGGGCAUCGAUGCCACCGACUUAGAUUCCAGAAUAUUUCUUGGCGCACAUCUGUAACAUCCGAGCCGGAAAGGACAGUUUUAGAGGCCUUUCUACGGAGUAUUCUUAUUCCGUUCACUGACAUAGUGUGUAUAUAUGGCCCUGACUUUGGUGGAUGGCGGGGAGUCGAGCCUCUAGUCUCUAAACUUUAUGAUCCGAGCACACCCGUUCCACUACCCAGCAUUUUGGUUUUUUACAACGAGAAUGACGAUCCUAAUGAUUAUCCUUCUGAUCUAACAUCUACGGUACCAAGCGUUCGCACCGUAGCCCUUCAGAGUAGAAGAGCGAGCCCCAAAAGGCUUUGGUCACUUAUACACGAAGAAUGCCUCGCAUUCCAACAGCUUAGAGAUAUCGAGCGGAGAAAAUUCAACUUCCAACACUGGUCAUUCUUGAUUGAAGACUCUUGCUUGAAUUUCGGACUUGCUCCAAAGCGAAAUAAUCUUGUCCACGCAUCGCGUAGACACAGACCUGUAUCAUCCCUUCUCAAAGAAAACCUCGUCCAGCUUUGGGCUAGUGUUAAGAAAAUAAACUUAGAUAUAACCGCGGCAAUUGCCUUAACAGCUUCUUGCUAUGUCCUUGAUUCGCAACCACCCGGUAUGCAUGCGUUCUCACCACAGGACAUGUUCAGAGAGCUGUACCGAAAAGACUCACUAGACGCUCUUGAGAGCGUACAAAGGAUGGAUCAUACAAUAAAUGCUAGCUCUACUUUGAUGAAAUUGGAAACCCAAUACACAUCCCAGCUAGUAUCGGUUCAGAACGGAACUAGAAGUGCGAUAGUAGCACACUCUAUGACGCUGAAAAAAAACCGGCAACAUUACCAAAAAAUCCACAGUAAUCUUGUCUGCUUCUUUUGUUUAAUGCGGCCACCAGAAGUUCGAUUACCCUGCAAACAUUCUCUAUGUGAGGUUUGUCUUCAACUCUUUGGCUCUCAGGGAAGCGAAGACUACACUUUCUGCCUAGAAGAAUGUUUAUUUGGGUGCUCUCGCGAUGGAAUGCCGAUCACUGUCAGGAUCAAGCCGCCGACUGCGGGUGUAAGAAUACUUUCUAUUGACGGCGGGGGUAUUCGGGGAAUUGUUCCCAUCCAAUAUCUACGGGAACUUGAGAUGAGAUUAAACCUCAAAUGUCACAUCCAGGAUCAUUUUGAUAUUGCUAUGGGGACAAGUUCCGGCGGUCUUAUAAUUCUUGGGCUUAUGAUAAAUGCUUGGUCCGUAUCGAAAUGUGAAGUGGAGUUUGAGCGGUUAUCCCGCUUGAUUUUUCAGAACAAAUCUGCGUGGAAGUGCCUCCCACUGAUCUGGAAGCUUCAUCGGUUUAUCCACUCGUGGCUUGGCGAGAGCAAAUACUCAAACAACGACAUGGAAUGUUUUCUAAAAGCAACAUACGGCAAAAGUCAGGCUAUGUUGGAUUGGUCGUAUGCAAACAAGAUCGGCACCAAAGUUGGGAUAACAGUAACAUCGGUUCCGCGUAGCAGCGCAUGCAUUCUGUGCAACUAUAGUGGCUUCACGAAGACCAGGGGAUACGAUAGGAUAAGAUCGGAACACGAUGUACUAGUUUGGGAAGCUGGUCGAUGCACUUCAGCAGCUCCGUGGUACUUUAAACCAUAUACGAUUGGCGGAGUCGACACGUUGGAGGAUGGGGGUAUGUCAAGAAAUAACCCGGCUGACAUAGCAGAAUGUGAGGCACGUAAUAUCUGGAGCUCUCCCGCGAACAUCGAUUUAGUGGUAUCUUUGGGUACUGGGACUACUUCCCAGGGCGGUGAUGUCUCAUCUCUCUCAGUGUGGUCACAGAACUUCUUUACACGGCUCUACCGAUCUCUCAUGCAUUCUUUAGAUGGCCAAAAGAUCUGGGAUCAGUUCAUGAGUAGAGUUCCUUCUGAGAUAUCGCACAAGUAUCACCGCUUAAACCCCAUUCUUAGAGAUAAAGAACCUUCGCUCGAUGACGCUAGAAAGAUGGGGCCACUUAAGCAAGUGGCUAUCCGUCAAGCGGCGAAUGAUGACACAAUUGACCAGCUUUGCGCGCAAAUAAUCGCCUCGUCCUUCUUCUUUGAGCUAUCUCAGCUACCAAUAUUCCAAAAAGGAUCAUACACCUGCUAUGGACAUCUUAAACUAAGAUUUGGAACAUCAAGGGGAACGGGCCUACAGAUUUUGGAGGUUAUACGGGCAAAGAAGUUUAGGAUAUUUUUAGGGAAGGAUGCUGCCGAGGAAAUUAACUUGGCCGAGCUGGUGAAAUUUAGGGUUGAGAGUAUUGAUCAUGGUUUCCUGAUCAAUAUCGGGCCUUCGUGGUCAGGAGGCCAUGCGAUAAGUGGAUUUCCUACCUCAAUCGCGCACCUCAUUGAGGCCCAGUGCCUUAGCCAGGUAUUCGGAACCGCUACCCACCAGAGUCAAAAGCGCAAAAGCUACUUUCCCAUUGCGCAAGCCAAUAAAAAACGAAAACGCAUGAGGGAGGCCAGCGCUACGAUACCGUGA